AUGUUGAAACAUUUACUGCUCUGGUGUUCCGUUGGAUUUUUAAUGAGCAUGGCUCAUGUAACAUUCACGAAUCUCAAGUGCAGUUAUGCGAAUGAGAGUUUUGGCCAGUAUAAACAGUGUAGAAUCAAGGCUUUUAAUCGCACCCACAAAUACAUAAUGAUACAUGGAGAACUUAAAUGGAAACCCUUAAAUAAUAUCACAGUCAACAUUAAGUUAUUGCGUCAUGACCAUGGCUAUAAGCCCUUUUUCGUGGACACAACCUUCGAUGCCUGCAAGUUCCUAAAGAACCAAAGAAUUGUCAUUGUCAACAUGUUCUACAAUACCGUUAAAAAAUACUCCAAUAUGAAUCACACUUGUCCCUAUAAUCAUGAUAUAAUAAUUGACAAGCUGUGGACUGGAAAUCAAGACGAUGAUUUUGCCAAAUAUAUUCCAUUUCCAAACGGGGAUUUUGCAGUAUUUUUGACUUUUUAUGCGUACAACAUUGAGCUUUCUAAGAUAGAACUUUAUAUUAGAAUAACACGUUAA